AUGCCUCGCCAACUUCCUGCCGACUGUUUAAAUGAAAUAUUUGAGAUAUUGGAAGACAAAGCUACUUUACAUUCAUGCUUGUUUGUUAAUCGUCUUUGGAGUGAAGUUUCGGUUAGAAUCCUAUGGAGAAAGAUUUGGAAUUAUAAUACCUUAAUUGACUGUCUUCCCAAAGAAUCAAAAGAAACUUUAUAUAACAAUGAAAUUAUUACGAAACCAUCCUUGAAACCUCCACUCUUUAAUUAUGUAUCGUUUCUUAGACGUCUUUCAAUUGAUGAAAUUGUUAGAAAAAUUUCUAGUAUCCUUAGAAAUCAUCACCCUUUCGCUUCAGAAAGCCUUAUCGAUAUCAAGUUUGCAAUAAUAAUUCAGGAAAUAUUUAAAAUGUUUAUGAGCCGAAUUUCUUUAAAGAUACUGGUCAUUAGAUCAAGUAACAUUUCAAACAUUACAUUUUCCUUUUAUCCUGGAGCAAUCGAUUGUUUAAAAAAUCUUUCAGCGUUUGGCUGUUGUUCAGAUAUCUGUUCAGAAUUUUUUCAUCAACUAUCUCAAAUAUGUCGUAAUGUACAAUCACUAAGCUUCACUCUUAAAUCAGUCAUUUCGAAUGGAUUAACUGAAUUGAUCUCUGUUCAGCAAAAUUUAAAGAGUAUAAAAAUCUAUCAGUCAUAUUUAUGUAAAAGUUUGAAAAGAAUAAUUCCCUUUUUAGCAAAACAUUCAAAUACUUUAACCAAAGUAAAUAUCAAUGGGGUUUAUGAUGAAUCAUUACUAUUUCUCGUUAAUUUAGAAAACUUGCAAGAACUUAUAUUAUACCAUUAUAAUGAUUGUUACGAAGAUUUUAAAACGUUACAACAUGUUGUCUUUCCACAUUUACGAAUUUUAAGAUUAAAACAUCAAUCCAUAAAUCCAGUCUACCUCAUCAAAUUCUUGGAAAAUAAUGGUAAUACUUUGGAGAAAUUUCGAUUUAUUAAUAAUAAUAAUUCAAUAAAUUUAGCAGUUGGUAAAUUUUGUUCAAAUCUGAAAUUAUUAUGUACCAACUUUAUGAGGAAUGAGGCGGAAACGUUAAUAGGAGUUUUAAGUAAUUGUCAUCGAUUAGAAGGUAUUGAAGUUUUGUGUGGGGAUUCCUAUUUAAAUGAAAUUGAAUUAUUUAAGAUUGUUGCAAAGUAUUCACCAAAGCCUUUUUAUAAAUUAACAUUACAUUUAUAUAAAACACAUUCAAAAUUAUUGACAAAAGAACUGGAAUCCUUUUUUACAAGUUGGAAGGAUCGUACACCACAAAAACCACUUAAUUUUACUAUCAAUGCAGCACAAGCCGUGAAUAAUUUAGAUUUUAAAAAACAAAAUAUGAAAGUAAUUGAAAAAUUUGUUAAAUUAGGUGUUAUUAAAAAUUUUACUAUGUCAGAUUGA